AUGAACGCCACCCGGUACAAACCCCCAGAGCUUAUGAUGGUCUGUGCCAAUGAAGUUCAGUUGGCACAGCGAAACUCAAUUUGGUUCCAACUUAAUGUUGGAGCAAAUACUAUUCUCGCCAUUGGAACUGUUGUUACCUCUGCAAUAUUCUUCCACCGCCUUUUCAAGAAAAAGUCCCACUUUUCUUCUUCAAUGAAUGUACUGUUGGGAGUGAAUGUAUUGACCUCCAAUCUCCAUUCCUUCAUCUAUGGCUAUAUUCAGUACUGGUCUCUCAUCCGAGCUCUUCUCUACCACGAUCAGCCGUGUAAAAUCAUGUUCAACGAAUACGAGUGCUUCCCAUACUACUCCCUCAAUAUCCUCUCCCGACUGAUGAUGAUAACGUUAUACUGUGCUCAGACCUUCAAUAUGCUCGUCAUUGGCAUCUAUCCUUCUCUCCCAGAAUCCAAGAUACGUGGAUUCGCAUUGGUCGCCAUCGCUCUGAUCAGUUCUGUCGGUCUCUGCGAGAUUAUCACCAAUGACGGUCCAAAUGAUAAUAUUCAAGGAAACUGUCUGCAAAGACAAGGAAGGAAUCUGGAUGAGUUGAAGGAGCAGCUCUUCACUUACCUUCGUAUCAGCUUUGGAGUUUUUGUGGCAAGUAAUGUGGCUCUGGGUUUGACUUACUGGAGAAUGAAAACCAAAUCGAACAGUACAGUCUCAAAGAAGUAUCAAUCGAUUGCGAAUUACAAUGCAUCCAUCGUCCUCUUAGUCAUCACUGCUCUCGUCAUGAUCGCCCUCGGUGUCUACUCAUACGCUACCGCCUAUAUCGUAGACCAUGUUAAGGAAAUCGACCCGGUCAACGUUGGACUAUGGACCAUGUGGCUCUACACCUACACCAUCGCCGAAUUCGUCCUCCCUGCUGCUCUUCUCUUGAUCCCUGCAAUCAUCAAACGACAAAGAAAAGUCAAAGUCGCCGCUCUGACCGCACCAAUGACUCCAGCUGAAGAACAGGCCAAGUACUUCAAAUCGUUGGCAAACGAUUGGGAUGCAGAGCUCGCGAGGAAGUACCCCGAGUUGGCACCAGUCGCAUGA